GUAUCUCGGGUCUGCGGCCCAGCAUCACCACCAACGUGGCCUCGCCAGCUGUCCUGCACCACCUGUCCACCAGCCCACCCGCUGCCGCUGGCCAACAUGCAAUAGAUCAACUACCACCUCACCCGUUCAAGACGUCAUGUGCAACAUUUAAAAGGUGUCGUUUAACCGGUCUAGUACACGAUACACAUCCGGAUAUUAUAUUUUUUAGUGAAUUUGUUUAGUGCGAAUGAUGUUGAUUUACCGCGGAGUGCACACAAGUGCAGAGAAGUAAUAUAAGAACAUAGACUUGCAAGAGACCUCCCAGAACCCGUCAACACUAGCCACAAUGGCCGGAACUGGGAAACUUGUAUUGUGCUUCAACUAUAAUCCAAAGUUAUCCGAAAUCGGACGCUUACCGAUGUACUUCGUAGGCCUGAGAGAAAAGUGAGAGUGUGAGCGACUUCUUAAAUAGCCUCCAGAAGGGUGUGUGGUUCGAAUUAGCUAUCUUCGGCAAUUGAAGGAAUUUGAUUUCUUGAAAUAUUUCUGACACAAGAGGUGUUCCCCAGACCUCAAAUCCGGAAUGAUGGUGGGAACACGAGCCGCUGGUGGUGUGGUGAGGGAGUGAGGGAGAGAGAGACAGACAGACAGAGAGAGACACAUACACGCAAGAUGCUACAAGAACGGGUCCAAAGAUCCAGGAAGAAUCCGCCUCCGUCCUCGUCCGUUCUGGGAUACGCAUUGCUGUUCUUGACAUGGGCUGAGACACUCUCCUUCAUCUACGCCAAUGG